CUCCUGGUCCCUGAGCUCUGCCCGGAGGUGCCCCCUGGCGGCCACUAUGCAUACAUGGCGUCUUGAUCUCUCUGGACCUGGUGGGCCUAUUCACAGCUACUUAGGGGCCGAAGCGGAGCGGAAACCCCGGUGGCUUAGUGAUUAAGAGUUGGCUGCUAACCAAAAAUUCGGCAGUUCGAAUCCACCAGGUGCACCUUGGAAACCCUUUGGGGCAGUUCUACCCUGUCAUGUAGGGUCACUGAGUCGGAAUCGACGGGAAUGGGCUUUUUUGUUUUUGGGCUGAGGCACUGCCACUUGGGAGCCAGGUGUCCUGUGCUUGCAUACCUGCUUUCUCGCCAUGGCCACGCCCCCCCUUAAAGGACCGGUAUUCGUCCUCUCCGGUGCUUGGGGCUGCUGGCGGGGUGUGGACAGGGAAGUGCGCAUGGGGCGGGGCCUGGGGGAAGAGGGUGCGUAGAAACAGGUGAGGUUCCCCCCCCACCAGGAAGCCUGGCCAGUGGCCUCUGGGCGGGGAACCAGUUGAGUAUGCUUCUCUGGCUGGGACCCUCUAAUACCCCAGGCUCCACACCCCUAAACCUCCCCCAGGGACCUGGGUCAGUCCUCCCCCUUCUGUUUGCACAGGGGGUUGGGCUCCCCGGUUCCCAGGCUGAAGCCUGAUGAAUGAGGCAGCGCACCAGAAGAACCGCAGAAAUCCAGGCAGGAGGUUUCCCUGCCCGUCCUCACCUGUCCUCGGGAAAGGCAAGAGAAAGGGGCUUGGGGGAUGGAAACUUAGAAGCAUAGAGGGGGCAACGGUUAUGAGUACAGGUUGGGGUGAGGCUGAUGGAUGGGGUGCGGUGCAAGGGAGGGUGGCCUGGCUUGAUUGCUCCUCUUUGCAGGGCUCUGAGCUGUGGCCUGAAGGAAGAUAGCCACUGGGGCUGCCUGGAUUGAAGGAGCAGCUGCGGGUUCCAAGGGGGCCACAGUCUAGGGGUUUGUUCACGGGCCUCAGAGCAGCUGCUGGGGCCAAGUAGGGAGCCAGGAUGAGAUAUUGACUGGUGGAUGGUCAGCUGACUGGAGAUACUGGAAUUCAAGCAGAAAUCAGCCCAGAUCAGUGGACAGCCUGAAGAAGCUCUGUGGCUAGGGAGACAGCCAGGGCCAACUGGCCUGAGGAACAGUGGCUGGUUGGUCCCCCCAACCUUGAUGGCCUUUCGAGGUAAUAGACCGGUUCUAUAAUGAUGAGAACCUCUGUCUGGCACAUCACCCUCUCCUGGAGCAGCCUGAGAGCGUGUGAGGGCUUCUGGAGGGAGUGGGGUCCCUGACUGACAGAAGGAGAGACUGAGGCCUGGUCCUGGCUCUGGGGAAGGGUGAUGCCUGCAGGGCUGAGAGAAGGCCCCAGGUGGUCAACCGGUGAGAGCCAGUGAGCCGGCAACAGCAACUUGACUAGAGAAACUGGUCAGGUGGCCAGCCAGCUAGAUCCUGCAGAGACAGCCAGACACACGGACACCAAGAUUGUCAGGCAGAAGAAAUCAGUGUCUGCUGGAGAGUUGAAGAAGUGGCCGAAGAGGGUGAGACGGACUAUUCGCCAGGGGCAAACAGGCCUUUCCCUUAGUUGGGGACAGUCAAGGAGUCAGAAACAGGCAGACAGUCACCUGGAGAUGGUCAGACAGUGGGGCACACCUUCAGCUGAGACUGUAGGGUGGCCAGUCUGAGACAUUUAGGGGUCAGCCAGCAGGGGGAUUGUGUGGUCAGGCAGAGCGGCCAGCUGAUGGGUAGUACAGUUGGAGACAGUGUCAGGUGGUCAGUCUGACGAACAGGGAGGGCCCAUUGUGGGGUCAGCCAGACAUCAGGAACAGGUGGCAGGAGAGCCUCCCUGUCACAGUGUAGCUGGGCUGGCAGGUGGUUGGUCUGAGUAGCCCAAGACACUGGGUGGUCAGUGGACACUUGGGCCAUUGAGUUGUCAGGACACUGAGCAGGGAGCCAUCUGGACUUUGACAAGGCCACUGAGGGAGCCUCCAAUGGCUGUCUAGAGUCAGCCAUUCAGGAGGAGACACCCCAACGGUCAGUAACCCAGAGACGGCCAAGUCCUCAGGGACCCAGCCUCACCUGAGCAGGCCACGAUGGCAGCCUCUCAGCUGGCUGUGCUGGAAGGUGUGGAUUUGGAAGCUGGGGGGCUGCCCUUGACUGAGGCCAGCCCAGGCUUUCUGUAUUCGGAGGGCCAGCGGCUGGCGCUGGAGGCCCUGCUGAGCGAAGGUGCGGAGGCAUUCAAGGCCUGCGUGCACAGAGAGCAGGUGCGGCCCUUCCUCAGCACGGAGGAGAUCCGGGGCCUCGCAGCAGCGGCGGAAGACUGGACAGCAACCAUGCAGGAGCCCGGUGGGAUGUCAGAAGGAGCCACUGUCGCUGCCAAUGGGGCCACGGUGGGCAGCCUGACCUACUGGCCCGGCCAGUCGGAGGAGCCGGCGCCUGUGCUGCGACUGGGCUGGCCGGAGGAUCCCACCUGGAGAGGCAUCACCCGGGCCCAGCUGUACACCCAGCCACCUGGCGAGGGCCACCCAUCCCUCAAGGAGCUGGUGCGCCGGGAACUCCAGGCUGCCUGCAAGCUGGUGGCUGUGGUCAUGGAUGUGUUCACUGACCCAGACCUGCUUUUGGACCUGGUGGAUGCCGCCACGCGCCGCUGGGUACCUGUCUACCUGCUCCUGGACCACCAGCAGCUGCCUGCCUUCCUGGCUCUGGCCCAGCAGCUGGGUGUGAACCCCUGGGCCACUGAGAACCUGGACAUCCGUGUCGUGCGGGGCUGCAGCUUCCAGAGCCGCCGGAGGAGGCAGGUGAUUGGCCACGUGCGGGAGAAGUUUGUGCUGCUGGACGGUGACAGGGUCAUUUCGGGAUCCUAUAGCUUCACCUGGAGUGACGCCCGCCUGCACCGCGGCCUGGUGACCCUGCUCACUGGCGAGAUCACUGACGCCUUCAGCCGGGAGUUUCGGACGCUGUAUGCGGCCUCCUGGCCGCUCCCACCUCCGCCCACCCCGGGACCCUUCAUCAGAGUCUUGGGGGGGCUGCAGCUGGCUCGGAGCCCACACCGCGUGGCCCACCGCUGCUCUGUGGCCCCCCCAUCACCGCCGCCGGAUGACUCGCUGGCCCGCCGCCUGGCUGCCUGCCGUGUCUUAGAGGGGGACAGGCGGGAGCCCCCUGCCGCCCCUGGGCCGGCGCUCAGCGACAUACUGAGGAGUGUGCAGCGUGCCCGGACCCCCACCGGUCCCCCAGCUCGGCCCAGCCGCUCCCUUUGGGACCUGAGCCGCCUGUCCCAGCUGUCAGGCUCCAGUGACGGUGACAACGAGCUCAAGAAGUCCUGGGGCUCCAAGGACACCCCAGCCAAGGCCCUGAUGCGGCAGCGGGGCACUGGAGGGGGCCACGGGGGCGAGGGGGACCCCCGCCCACUGGCCCUGCCUCUGAUCCCUGUCCGCCGCCUUCGAUACCUGUCCCCAACACGGAGGAGGUUUGGUGAAGAUACUCCACCAAAACUCUCAGAUCCUAGAGGCCUCCGGCAGCCAGACUGGGCCACCCGGCCAGGACUCCGGGGGCAACCUUGACAGGACCCAAAGCCAAACUAGGACAAGGCAAGCUGGGCAAACUCCAGUGCAAACACCCCCCACCCCCCUCCCUGCCUUGCUGCCCUGCCUUGGAAAAGGCUUCUGAUCUCAGGGUCUGCAAAGUGGGAGGAAUUUUUUUUUUUUAACAUUUUAUUGUGGUUUAGGUAAAAGUUUACCCAGCAAAUUAGUUUCCCAUUCAACAAUUCUUAUAUAAAUUGUUCUAUGAUGUUGGCUACUUAUCCCCAGAUUGUGUAAGCUGUCUCCCCAUUUCUACCCUGACUUCCUCUUUUCCAUCCCUGCAGUUUCCCUGGCCCUCAUUGCCUUCUUAUCUUUGCUUUCAGGCAAAUGUUGCAGGUUUGGUCUUGUAUAGUUGAUUGUUCUAAGAAGCACAUUCCUCACAGGUGUUAUUGUUUAUUUUAUAGGCCAAAGGAUUAUUUGGUUGAAAGAUGACCUCUGGGAGUGGCUUCAGUUCCAGGUUAAAAGGGUGCCUUAGGGCAAUAGUCUUGGGGGUUCCUCCAGUCUCUAUCAGUCCAGUAAAUCUGGCCUUUUUUAUGAAUUUGAGUUUUGCUCUACAUUUUUAUUGUUUUUU